AUGGCAAAUAACGUACCACAAUCAUCAUCGACUACUUUCAAUGGCACAAGUAAUGAUUCAGGAAAACAAGAAAAACGAAAAUAUCGAGAUGAUUCAUCGACUACAUAUUCAACUUCCACCACAAAUAUGAACAACGAUAUUUGUCAUGAAAUUAGUAAAAUUAAAUCAGAUAAUUUUUUUAAUCUCAUCGAAGAAAUGACAAGUGAAAUUGAAGUUGAGAUUUUACAAGCUCAGGGAAUCAAUAAUGUUCUCUCUUUACUGCGGUCACAAGAUUUAUUUCAUAUAUUUCAAAUUGACUGUGAAGAAUUACAAGAUUUAAGAAAUCGUGCGUGUUUAAGGCUAAACAAUGGUGAAUAUAUGAUACGUCCAGCUAUAAAAGAAAAUCUUGAUUAUUGUAUCAAUAUACUGAAAAGAAAAUUACAUGAACAACAACCACAUAUAUUAGAUGGUCAGAAACAGAAGCAAGAUUCUAAUAAAGAACCUGAUUUUUUCGUAAAUACAUUCAUUAACAACAUUUCUGAAAAUAUGAAUCGUUCUAAAUAUCGCUAUCAAUACAGUGCACCAACGCGACGAUUUGCAUCAUCAGUAUAUACAUUAGGUGGUCGUAAUGUUUAUCAGCUUUUACGAUUAAAUCUACCUGGUGCAUUUCCGUCUAUACCAACAUUAGAAUCUUAUAAUAAGGAAUAUUGUACACGAAUUGAAGAAGGAGAUUUUCGUUUUGAUGAAUUAAGUUCUUAUUUAAACAAGAUUAAUUGUUCUUAUGCAUAUAUUUCGGAAGAUUGUACUGGUGUCAUUGGCAAAAUACAAUAUGAUGUUGCAAGUAAUUCAUUUAUAGGUUUUUGUCCAGAAUUAAAUAAUGGUGUACCUAUGCUUCGUCAGUAUCAAACUGAUGACUUUCUUCAACUAGAAGAAUGGUAUGACACAUUAAAAAAAUCAUCAUUAGUAAACAUUCAUACAGUUCAACCUAUAACAACUAAAGGAUCUCCACCAUUCUUGUUAUCUAGCUUUGGUACUGAUAAUAAAAUUGAUGCAAUUUCAAUACUUUUUCGUUGGUUAUAUAUAUAUGAAAAAUGCAAAACAAAUAAAAUAAUAAUCGUUGGAUUUUCUACAGAUGCUGAUCCGAAGUAUUUAAGAGCAAUGAGAUUAGCAACAGGCUAUUUUGCACAACUACCAAAUAUUGAUUUAUUGAAUAAAGAUAAUAUUUUCGAGAUUCAAAUUCCAAACUCAUGGUCAUGGUUUUUUUUACGUAAAAAGCAAUUAUUUUUAUGA